GUAUUCUGCUUAUUGAUUAAUCCAAACGGAGAAGAUUGGCUUUCAGAGAACGAAAGAGAAGGAGGGAGAAAUUUAUCGGAAGAAAAGAAGCUCCGACAAUCGGACAGUCAGGGGUUUUACGACUUCUGGCGUUGUGAUCGUUGACGAAGGAAGAACAUGAAAUUGUGAAUCAUCCUGCUGUUCUUCGACGCAAGUAUUUGAAGAUCCGUACACACGGUUGUUGUUCAUCUCGUUCUGUGGAUUGAAUCUGUGGAAGGAGUGUUACGACGAAUCUUCAAUCGAUGCGGUCCUUGUAGAAGAAGAAUAAUACAGGUAAACUUCAGAUCCUUGGUCGACAUGGGUACAUAAGCAAGCAUGAUUAUUUUGAUCAUCGGCCUGGUAAACUUCAGAUCCUUGGUCGACAUGGGUAAAUAAGCAAGCAGAGCAUCGUCAAUCUGUCUUCUGGUAUUGUUUGUAGGGGUUUCGGAUACUCUCUCUUUAUUUUUAGUUACCGGAUCUAUGGUUUGCGGAAAAUUCUUGGCUCAUCCACUUGCCCUUGUGUAUAAGAUAGGCUGUGAAGUCAAUUCUUCUUGUGCAGUUGUUGUGCUUCAUGUUAUGUGAAGCCAAUUCUUCUUGGUACAUAAGCAAGCAGAGCAUCGCCAAUCUGUCAUCUGUUGGCAAUUGGCAUAGGACAUUAGAGGCGUGAAUAAUAUUACCAUCACACAGAGGAAAUUCAUUUUAUCAAGCAUCUAACAAGAUUGAGAGAACGAGUUUUUAAGUAGUAGUUGUGCUGGCACCUCUUCCCUGGUGUCGGGUGGCAAUCCAGAAGUAACAGUGUCCUGCAAUACUUCUGCUGGACUGUCAGUUGAUGGAAUAGGAAUUGUUGGAUCUUUAUCUACGAGCGUGAUGAGUACAGUAGGAGUAGAACUUAAUAAUUAUAUAAAUCCUGGGUGGACAUGGAAGACAGUAACAAAAGGCUAUAGGAGUGCAACCAGACGCACCAGAAAAUCAGUUGCUAGAAACUGGAUGAUGGGUUUCAGGCUUGCUGACAGAAGUGCUGAAAAGGCAGAUGAUGCAUUAGUUUCUGACACUGAGAAGCUUGGUGUUGCUGUUCUUGGACGACGUUUUGGUGACAAAGUUGAGCAUGUACCAAUUAAGAAGAGGAAAAUUAUUUUCCGCUCUCCAUCACCACCAUUCAACAUUGAAGUUACGGAGCAGCCUGUAAACUUUGAACACGGUUCUGAUCAAUUGUCUUCUGUGAAUUCUGGUAGUAGGCGGCAACGUAGGGCACUCAAUGGUUCUGUUGCAACAAGGAACAGCUAUAUAGGUGACCGAGAGAUUUUAGAAGGAAAUGAACAGAAGUUUGUUUACAGUGAUGACUUUUCAGGUAUCGAGAUUCUUGCCUCUGUGGCCUGCAGUGACGGCAUUGAUGUUGGUGGUGAUAAUCGAGAGGACAACUCAUCAGUGGAGGGAUUGACUAGGGAACAAAUUGAACCAUCAAUUUCUACAGUGCCCUUGGAAGAAACCAUUGCAUCAUCUGAAAUCAUUAAUACCUCUCCGAAUGAAAGUGCUGGUAAAGAUAUCGUAACGUGCUCAUCUUUUCAGGAUGGUUCUAGUGUACAAAAGUAUCACGAUGCCAGUGAUGAUAUGUCAACAAAUCAACCUUUGCCUGUUCAUGACCAUCGGUUGCAUUGGGACUUAAAUGUUGUGACAGAUGCUUGGGAGCAACCUUGUGAUAUGAAUGGCGAUCCACAGAAACCUGAAGACACAAAAGAUGACCUUGUUGACAGGGUGGUUUCCAUUGAUUUGUUUCGGCAUGUUACCACACACUCAGAAUUGAUAGGCUCAGACGCUGAUGAUCAAAAAAUAAAUGUGGAGGGACAGGAACCGGAAACGUGCUUUGUCCUCGAGGGUAAUACUGACCUAUUUGCUGCUACUCUUAAUGACCUUGAAUGCUCAACAGAAUCUCUUUCCUCCAUAAAAGCUUCUGCUGAGAGUGUGGGCAAAAACAUUGAUGUUGAUGUUAAUAAUUCAAGUAAAGGUGUUUACAUGGGAAGUAUGGCUGUGUCACCCUCCCACACUACUGUCAAGCAGAUGACAGGAAGUUGUGCUUUGGAGAGUGAGGUUUUGUGUGCACACAGUGUUCAGCCCAAGCCGACUGAUGUUGUUUCUUGUCCUGUACGAGAUGUAGAUACGGAUCAUUGCAAGAUUGACAAAAAUAUCCUAAAUGAAGACGGAGAGGAGUCUGGAGGAGGAUCUGACAUGCAUAUUGAUGAUGCCAAGGAUUCCCAAGAGAUGAAGACUGGUUCUGCUGGUGUCGAGACUUCAGUUAGAGCAGGUGCAGGUGAUUGCUGUGGUUCACCUAUGUGUGAAAGUAUUCAUGCAUCAAGUGCUUCUGCAGAUACUAUUGCUGAAAUUAAUUCUUCAGUACAUGCUGAAUCCGAGGAGCUGAUGCAAAAAUCUCAUGGAGGUUCUGUUGCUGUUGUAGAGGAAUGUCAAGUAUAUGGUAAUGGCCCUUCAAGUGGCUCUUGCAAGGUCGGUAAAGGAGAUCCUUGUGAUGACUCAUAUGAUUCUGAUGUUUUUCAAGAUGAUACGGUUCACAUUGCCGGGAAGGAAAACUCUAAGGUACUCCAAGCUGGUUAUGAUUCUCAAUUUGAGGAUGGUGAGUUGAGGGAAGAGGAUUUGCACUACUGGGAGGAAAGCGAAGGUGAAGACGGAGAAGUGGAACAUGUGGAUUAUGGGUCUGAAUUUGAGGAAGAUAGGUUUUGUGGCAUGGGGGCAGAAAGUAAUCAGAAGAAAAUUAAGGUUGAAACUGGAUUGAGUCCAGCUACUGAUGAGGUGAUAAAACAUAUUGAACUUUGUGCCAAAGGAGAUGACUCAAGAGAAAAACCCUUGAGCCUGGAUAAAAGAAUUGCAGAUAUGUCUGAUGGCAGCAAAACAAAGAAACAUACUGAUGAUUGUGUGGAUCAGCAUGAUGUUAAAGAUUUCCGUUCAAGAGUUUGUGACUUUAGGGCAUGCAAGAGGGAGUUGCUGUCACGAAUUGAGGGGCCAUUAUCAUCUGACACCUUACAUAGAAAGGAUCCUGUAUUUUUUACUCGGAGCAGGGAGGCUUGUGUGGACAAAUUCGUAGGAAGGGAUAGACGUGUCAGAAGCCCCAUGCGCAGUAACUUCCUAAAUUCUUCAGGAGUCUACUGGGAGUCAAAACACCGCCAGUCACCUACUUAUUGUGGCUCUUACACUUCGGGGCUUCCUAGACCGAGAAGUAUUAUUGAAGGCCGUGGAUAUAGAAUGGUCUCAGAUGACAUGGUUUUGGAAGGAGCGGAGGAGGCUGGAUUUGAGAAUCGUACACGCAGGCAAACCUGGAAUUCUUCUAAUGGUGUCUAUCGGCCCCUUAUUCGAAGGAGACCACUGGCUGAAAGAGAGGAUGCUUAUGAUGUGGAUACAGGAAUGGUACAUGUGAGAGCCACGAGUCCUAGGAGUCAUUUGAGAAGGUAUCCACAAAGCAUCAGGAGAGGAAUUCGGGAGGAUUAUCACAGGUCCGUUCCUGACAACUCUACUGAAUACUCAAAUCGUGUGCCACAUCGUUUUGCUAGAAGAGAUAGAAGCCUUACUCCCCUUACUGGGGGGCGACCUCAUUAUAAUUUUCCCUAUAAAAAAUCACCAUCAAGAUCCAGAAGGCGCACACCCAGUGCAUGGUUCUCAUCAAGAGAGCGAAGUGAUGGAGUGAGACAUCGCAGCAGGUCUCCUGUUUUAAGAUCUAAUGGUAGAGUUGAUAGGGAAAGGUUUCCAUUUCAAAAGCGUUUUGCAGCAGAUUAUGAAGAAAGUUUUAUGUCACGACCACGGGGGCAUGUCUCACCACAUGAUUCCAGAUGGUUUGAUGAACGAAACGAUGCUUUAGAGCCUUUCAGGGGCCGAAAAUCACCUGUGAGGACAUUCAGGCAAAGCCACAUAUUUGAUUCAGUGCGUGGGGCAGGAAGAUUGAAUUCUGAUGAGAACUUUAGACCUGCGAUGCGCCUGAGAAGGUUUUCCGAUAUUCCUAGUGCUGCAAGGGGUUGUGAAUAUGAAGGCAGUGAUGAUGAAAGAAGAAAAAGAAGCAACAGAUAUGAGAUGAAUCGAGCGAGGCCAUAUAAUGCAGAUGGUAUUUUGCGGCAGCGUUUCCAGUAUAAUGUUGAAGACUCAUUUAUGGUUGAUGGUUCUAAUGACUAUGAUGGUUCCAACAAGGUUACCGAGAGAAGACCUAGGGAUGCAGUUAGAAGAUCUGGCGAGGAGUAGGUAUUUAUGGUUUUGGGUUAUUUUGUCACUGGGUGGAUUAGUUAUUCUUCUUUUCUUUUUUUUCCUGUUAGAAUGUUCUUUUUCUUUUUCGCUGGAUUCAUCCCAAGUCCGUCGGUUUUUCUUGGUGGCGGUCCUUUUGGAAUCAUUUUCACACUCGUCUAUCAUCUUAGGUGGAUUUUUUCUUUCUUUUUUCUUUUUCCAAUCUAUACUAGGUUUUGAUGUUAUGUUAUUUACUUACCAUUUCUGACCAGUUUUUUAUAGCCUACUCUGGCUAUUAUUGUAGUCUCCACUUGAGGCCAUUAAGAAGAUAUAGUGAUAAUAGCUUCAAGUGCCUUUUUAGUUUUUUCAAUGCUUUAAUGAGAAGUUCAGUUUUCUAUGUU